AUGGCAGACGUACCCAUGCCCGACGCUCCGGCGUCCGACCCUAAGCCCCGCCGCCGCUUUGCCCCUCAACUUGUCGAAGAGACGGUCAAGUCUUCGAAAGCCAACAAGGAGCCGGAAUCUCGCGCAACUGAGGAUGUCGCUACGGCUUCAGAGCCAGAAAAGCCUCGUAGGCGAUUCGCGCCUCAGCUUGUGGAGGAGACGACCAAAUCGUCAAAAGUCAAGAAUGAACAAGUAGCCGAAGACAGCCAAGAGCCCGCCCCGCCGUCCGAGAAGCCUCGCCGCCGAUUUGCGCCCCAACUUGUAGAGGAAACGGUCAAAUCCUCAAACAAGAGCGAGUCGUCUUCAGCAGCGGCCGAGGCUCCGAAGCCCAGGACCACAAGAGAUGCGUCCGUGCAAGUCGAUGUCGACAUGAAAGAUGCAACGUCGACCCGACGCCGAUUUGCACCCGUACCAAUAGAGACAACCUUUGAUUCAUACCGCGUGGGCAAAAACCCUCAUGGUCCUACUGCGGAACUCACACCCGAUCCCUCGCCAACCGAUGCUCUCCCGCCAAUACCGGCACUUCCGUCUGCACCCGUCAUAGAGACGAGAAAGACAUCGGAUCAAAAACCCAAAAGGCGGUUCGCUCCGCAACUGAUUGAGACAUCAAGGAGGGCCAAGCGAGCGGGGCAAGACGGCCCAGCCACCAAGCCUACCGACAAAACCGACAUCACACCAGGUACAAAUCACAUCUACGUGCAGAAGCCAAAGAGGAAGCAGCAGCCACCUAGUGCUCUCCGAACAGCUCAUGGAGCUAGUAGUGUAGAGAGCGGAGAUCAAAGUCCUCGCUUUCUCCCGCGGAGGCAGCAGUCAUUGAAGCAGCAUUGCAACACGAGGCGAGCUACGCGCGCCAACUCUUAUCUUCCGGAGCUUGAAGUCAUACCUUCGUCCGAGUCAGACAAGUCUGAUGACGAAAAUGGAGCCCCCAAGGGUGCAGCUUUUAGCAUUGGGGCGCCGGCAAGGGCUCCUUCUGAUGGAGAGACGUGGUCAACACGUAACCCCGACGCAAAAGACAGGAGAGAGUCUUGUGAUGAAAGGUCCAAUCAUUACCUGCUGGCAGUGGCUGCUAGGGAAGCCUUUAGGCAGCGCGAACUUGAGACCGCCAUGUCAGCAUAUCCCAAUGGUCUGCCACCGGCCGGAGUAGAGCAUUUCUUCGUGCGCGAUAACUCUGAAGAUGAUGUUGCGUAUGAGGAACCUCUGAGACAUGGGACGUCCAACCUGAUCCGUCGUAAGUCGACAGAUCCAACAUGGGCAGUAUCAGAAAUGCGUCAGCAUGCCGAGAAGCUGGCUAGCAAAAAUAAACAGACAAGGGAGCCAACAUUUGACGACGAUUUGGAUCAGAUGGAUAUAGCACCUCCACCUGAGGAUCCUUUGUGGACAACCACCGGGCCUCGACCACCUUCGCGCACACAGCUACAGAAGGUCGAGUCGCAAAGCCCCUGGCAGAGCCCCUAUCUGAUUGCGCAGUCCCCUCGAAUCGGUGCGCAUACCGGAGCCGCUGACCGCGGUUUUGCAUCGUCCCCCCGCGUCCAACCUGAAUCCACGGGGAUGAAGGCCGGUCCAUUCAGCAUGCCUUUUGCAAACUUCAACACCGGAAAAGAAGAUCGUGAUCUUAUGCGUCAGCAAAAACGGAAAUCUCCACCAAUGUUGGGAGAAGACUUGAAGUUCCGCACAUGCCCGAGUCCCAAGGCCACGCGAAUGGAACCAGAUCAUCCAUGGCCUACUCACGGAGAUGGGUCCCGUCCUGAGGAGAGGCAGCGUGAUCCCUCUGGUGAAACAGGUCUAUGGCGCGGCUACUGCGUAGGACAGGCGCCUGAAGACAUGGUACAAAGUGCAGGCUUCAACCCGCCGGCACUAUUGGCCACACCUGGGGAGCCUGCGUCUCCCGCAGACCCCUUUGCCAUGGCUUUUUCUGCUAGUAUGACAAGUGACCACACUGCCCCUCGAACGCCCACAUCGCCUUCAAGACGUGACCCGCCCAAGGGCUUACAUAUGCUCCAUGGACUGGACGACCGUCUCAAAAUGGAGAAGGCCCGCAAAGACCACAAGGAGCGACUGCUAGCCGAGUUCGACGAUGCUUUUAUUACGCAAGUAUACAACUAUAUCAGCCUCGGAUACCCUGCCAUGGCGAGAUCCUUUGACGACGAGCUCAGUAAAAUCAGUGGCAUUCCUAUCAAUGAGCUGCGCCAAGAUGACAACAAGAAGAUCGAAAAGGGCUUCAUGCUCGAAAUGGAGCUCCGAGUCGGCAGCGAUAGCAGUAGUGAUGAAGAGAUGCGGACGCCGGAAGAAGACGAAAAGAGAACACGGAAGCCGCCACGCUGGAGAGCACUUCGCUUGUAUAUCCUCGAAUGGGCAAGGCAACAUCCCGACCUGGGCGGUGACGGCAACACUUCGGGGUGGGGUGUACGGGCGAGAAGGGGCAGCUGGGCUAUAUAG